UGAGACAAAUAUCAGACAAUUUCGCUAAUGCUUGUAAAUAAGAGGGGUUUAGGUGGGAAAUUCUCAAGUAAAUAUUUUGACAAGUACAUCGGUGAAUCAUUAGUCGAGCUCGUUCCAUCACGUUAAGUUCGCGUUGUCUUCUUGAUCGUGUGUAAUUUUCAGAAAGAUAAUUACGACGUGAUUAGUUGCGAAUGUUAUGCAAGUUGAAAGUGUCUAAUCAAAUAUACAUUAUCAUAUUUUACUAAUCCUACGACGCUCUUUGCAAAGCACGACGAUUUAUAAGACUGAUAUAUAGUGCCUCGACCGUAAAAUACGUUUAUUAAGGAUAACAUAAAUAUGUUAUUACUACCUUGAAAGUCUUGUCUUAAAUAAAAAUAUUUUCGACAUUUUCAAAUGUGUAACAAUAUUGACAGUUUCUUGUGACCGUACGGAUAUAUCGAAGUAUCAACGUCAUACGAAAUUAAUUGCGAGAGUGUGGCCGUGAUAAAUAGCAGGAAAAAUGAUUCUUGACCGCCUUCUUAAUCUGCUUGCGACAUAUACAUCAUUUAAGCACAGACGUAUGAGUUGUCAGUCAGAUGAGGAAACAAAAUCUGAAAAUUCAGGUCCGGCAGAUUUCGAACGGGCAAUUAAAGCAACAGGCUAUGGAAAAUUUAAUUACUUAUUUUUAUUGGCGAUGCUCCCGGCCAGUUUCGCCAGUAUCUUCUCAUCUUCGGUGAUGUCCUACGUCUUACCAUCCGCAGAAUGUGAUCUUCAACUAACUAUGUUCGACAAAGGACUGCUAAACUCGAUGACGUUCGCAGGAAUGAUUAGCACAGCAUUUUUCUGGGGUUGUAUGGCAGACACAUUCGGCCGUAGAAAACUAAUGUUCUAUGGUUACUUGGUUACCGGUCUAUUAAGUCUAGCAACAUGUUUUUCGCACUCCUCUUCACUUUUAAUAUUGUUUAAAUUUUUCGACGGUGUUAUUAUAUCUGGCCCAUACGCAGCACUUAUGUCAUACUUAGCAGAAAUACAUGACGAAGUUCAUCGAUCGCGUUCAUACAUGUGGCUUGGCGUGUUCUUUUCGCUUGGAAAUAUUUUCCUGCCAUGUGUAGCGUGGCUUAUACUACCUCAGAAAUGGGACAUUACAUUUUUUAACCAAACUAUAAACAUUAAUUCGUGGAGAGUAUUUUUAGCGAUCUGUUCAUUACCGGAAUUUCUAGCAUGCGCUGCUAUUUUCGCUUUCCCAGAGAGUCCGCGUUUUCUUAUCCUGAAAGGCCGACACGAUGAAGCAAUGAAUGUCUUCAAAAAAAUCUACUCACUCAAUACUGGAAAAGAUCCCGAUACAUAUCCGAUAAAAUCUCUCGAGAAUGAAUAUUCCGUCAAACCUUCUGAGGAAUGUAUACAGGACAAGUUGUGCAGCAGCUUCAGACAGAUGAAGCCUCUCUUCUUGCCACCCAAUAUCUUCAAAUUAAUACUUAUAUCGACGAUACAGCUGGGAGCAACAUUAGGUUCGAACUCGCUGCGACUUUGGAUGCCACAGUUGUUUGUAAUGAUUGAGAGUUACAAGAGAAAUCUUAUGAAGAAUGAUAGUCAUAUAUCAGGUGUGCAGCCUUCAUUUUGUUAUAUGUUAGUCCAAGAAGAAUCGUAUCUUAAUUCCACUCGAUAUGUCAAUAAGAUGAUGAAUAAUGACACAUUUACAUGCGUUCCGGCGGAGUUAAAUGCUCAAGUUUUCAUUAAUUCCAUCGUUAUCGCCGUUACAGGUGUAAUUGGUUAUACUUUGGCUGGUACUUUGAUUAGCGUAAUUGGAAAAAAGAAACUGAUGAUAAGUUGUUUUAUCAUUGCUGCUGCCUGUUGUGGUUCGCUUUAUUGGGCCGAAGAUACUAGUGGCAUUCUCGGAUUAUCCUCGGUAUUCGUCGCUAUGUCGAGUAUAGGUGGUGCGACUGUUAUAAAUGUCAUCGUUGACAAUUUUCCUACAUGUUUAAGAACAAUGGCAGUUAGCAUAACCAUGAUGAUGGGAAGAUUAGGUGCAGUGAUAGGCAAUUUAUUAUUCCCUGUUUUAUUCAAUUUAUCAUGCCUAGAACCAUUUAUUAUGAUUGGUUUGAUUUGUUUCGUGUGCGCAUUUUUGGUUGUUAUGCUACCCCAUAAGAAAAAAUGCAACGACAAAACAAAGGAUAUUGUUUAAUCUUUUCAGAUAUAUUCUGUAUCUGUAUAUUUCAUUUCUUCUCAUAAAGUCGAUAUGUAAAUAUAUUUUUGUUAUUAUAUAUUUUAAUAA